AUGGAAAAAGAUCCUCUUGAUGACUUCUUUGAUGGACUAGAUGCCAACACAGAAGCAAAAGCAGGUGAUUUUUCUAGUAGUGACUCAGAUGAUGCCGAAAAAAAAUCAAAAUCUUUCAUUACACCAGGUGAAUUUGAAGAUGAUGAAGGAAACAAAAAUCAAAAUGACGAUGAAGAGCCAGAAUAUGUAUUACCACCAGACCAUUCAAAAAUCACAUACCCUCCAUUCAAAAGAAAUACAACAUUCGAACAAUUAAAAGAUUAUUAUCUCGAUAAAGCAGACGAAGAAGAAUAUAAAGCAAUAAAUGAGAUCAAAGUCAUCGGCUGUGAAAUAUCUCCUGUAUUAUCAUUCGAACCUUACAUUGAAAAUCGUCCAGAAUUAGAAAAUUUCUUCAAAGACCACUCAAUUAACAAGCCAACACCAGUUCAAGCUCAAGUUUUACCAAUAGCAAUAAAUGGAAACAAUUUAAUUGUUGUUUCUCCAACAGGAACCGGCAAAACUCUUUGUUUUUUAAUUCCAUUAUUGUAUCAUGUCCUCGCGCAAGGGAAACAAGAAGGUCCAACAGCAUUAAUACUUUCUCCCACCGAAUUACUUGCACGCCAAACUACUUUAGUUUGUCAUCAAUUGAUUAAAUCAACUGAUAUCAAAUGUGUUGAGCUAACUGGCAACCAAAUGAAGCACAAGCAGCAAUCAUCACUUAUGAAAGGUGCAGACGUCAUAAUAGGAACACCAGGAAGACUCAUGAACUUUCUAAAAACCGUAAAUUGGCAAUUUUGUACUUAUGUUGUUGUAGAUGAAGCAGAUCGAAUCUUUGAGACGGGAUUUCUUCGUCAAUUGCGUUCCAUCAUGGACUACAUAAGGCCGGACAGACAGACACUUCUCUUUGGUGCAACGCUGCCUCCUCAAAUUGAAGAAUUAUCAAUGAAUUCAUUGAAGUUUUCAACACGAGUUCAAAUUGGAAAAACAGGAGCUCCUCAAUCGAAUAUCGAACAUAACUUUGUGAUCUUUGAUGAUCCGGCGAAGAAGAGAGAAUGGAUCAAAGAGAAUCUCUUAAAACUUCCAGAUGGUUUAGUUCUUUUAUUCGUAAAAGAUAAAAAUUUCUGUGAUACUUUAUACGGAAUUUUGAAAAAAAUUACGAAUUUGAUUACAUUAGUUCAUGGAAAUAUGGAUGCAAAUCAAAGAACAGCAGCCUUUAACAAGUUCAGGAAAGGAGAAUGUCGAUUCCUCAUUGCAACAGAAAUUGCAGCAAGAGGUGUUGACAUAGAAAACAUCAACUGUGUUGUGAAUGUUGAUAUCCCAGAACAACCAGAAAGUUACAUUCACAGAGUUGGAAGAACAGCUCGAGCAGGAAGAAGUGGAACAGCUUUCACGCUGUUGACACCAAGAGAUAUUGAUUCUGCAAGUAAAUUACUUCAUCACUUCUUACUAACAGGAAUUGACCCUCCAGAAUCAUUGAUUGAAUUUGUUGAAAACGUUCAGAACAAUCAACAACAGAUGAAAACUCCAUUCGACGAAUAA